GAAGAGAUCAAAGGUCAUGAUCCAUCCAAUAGCCAUCAUCAUCAUCAUCUAUCUCAUCACCAUCUUCAUCAUCAUCAUCAUCCACAUCAUCGUCAUCAUUAUCCAUCAACACAAUUACCACUUCCACCACCACCACCACCACCAUCAUCAUCAUCACAUCAUCAAAAUAUUGUUACUGCAAUCCAAAAUCAAAUUUCAACAUCAGCAGCAGCAGCAAAUACAGGUGGAAAUAGCGUCAGCGGUGACGAUAUUACCUGCGGUGGCGGAAUGUAUGGACGUAUUGUUACCCAAGAUCAAUUGAUGGCUUUAGCAGCUGUCCAACAACAACAAACUAGUUCAUCAACAUCAACAUUAUCGUCAACAUCAUCUUCCGUUUCAUUGACGCAACAGUUAACACCGCAACCGCAAAUACCAUCAACAAUAACACAGCAAUCAUCUUUUAUGCCAUUUACAUCAUCAUCAUCAUUAUCAACGACGGCAACAACAACAUCAAAUAUGGUAUCAUCAAAUAUUCCUCAUCAUCAUAUAGGUGGCGCUAAUAGUGUAUCAUCAGUUGCUAUAUUAACAGCAACAGCAGCUACAUCCGUUGAUUCACAACCAUUAUUAUUAUUACAACAACAAUCAUCACAAGAUAAUCUGGUCAUUAUGUCAUCAUCAUCAUCAUCCACCACAUCUUCGUCAUCAUCUUCGAUGACACACUUACCACCACCGCCACCACCAUCAUCAGUUGGUGGAAAUUCAUCAUCAUUAAUUUUAGGACAAAGUUGUAGUAAUUGGACUAGUAAUAAUAGUGGUGUUUUACAAAAUUCAAUUCAAUUACAACAAUCAUCAUCAUCAUCAUCAAUGUUGAAUGAUAAUUCUGAUUUUAUAAGAACCGAUAAAUGUAAUAAUCCUACUAUAACAACAUCAUCAACAACAACAACAUUAACGACUAUUUUAACUGAUUGUCAACCAACAACAAUGACAACAACGACUAUUAUUACUUCAUCAUCAUCAUCAAGUAUGAGUGGAAUUGUUACUUCCGCUUGUACUAAUGUUACUACAUCAACUACAACUACUGCUACAAAUACGAUACAAUCAUCAUCAUCAUCAUCAUCAGCGGCAACAUCAACAACGACAAUUAAAUCACAACGUGAUGUAACACAGGCACCAAUACGUAAAUUAUCGGUUGAUCUCAUCAAAACUUAUAAACAUAUUAAUGAGGUAUAUUAUGCAAAAAAGAAACGUAGAGCAGCACAACAAGCUCAAAAUGAUGGUAAUAAUCAUCAUAGUAGUCAAAAUGAUUGGUCAUCGAAUGGUAAUAAUGGAACUAUUGGCGGUAAUAAUCAAACAAAUACGAAUACUAUUGGUAGUAAUAAUCAACAACAACAACAAAAUAAAAAAGAACGAAGAUUAUAUAAUGAUGGUUAUGAUGAUGAAUUUAAUGAUUAUAUAAUAAGACCGGGUGAAAAAUUUGUUGAUCGUUAUGAAAUUGAAUCAUUAAUUGGUAAAGGUUCAUUUGGUCAAGUUGUGAAAGCAUAUGAUCAUUCAUCACAAUGUCAUGUUGGUAUAAAAAUUAUUAAAAAUCGUAAACCAUUCCUAAAUCAAGCUGCAACUGAAAUUAAAUUAUUAAAAUUGAUGAACAAUUAUGAAUGUAAUGGUACAUCAUUACAAUUGGGAAAGGAAAAAAUUGUAAAACUAAAAGAUUAUUUUAUGUGGCGUAAUCAUCUUUGUCUAGUCUUUGAAUUAUUAUCAUAUAACCUUUAUGAUCUUUUAAGGAAUACAAAUUUUCGUGGUGUUUCAUUGAAUCUAACAAGGAAAUUUGCUCAUCAAAUGUGUACAGCAUUAAUGUUUUUAUCGGAUCAACAUUUAUCCAUAAUACAUUGUGACCUUAAACCGGAAAAUAUUUUACUUUGUAGUCCAAAAAGAAGUGCCAUCAAGAUUAUUGAUUUUGGUAGUAGUUGUCAGCUUGGUAAACGAUUAUAUCAAUAUAUUCAAAGCCGUUUUUAUCGAUCACCAGAAGUAUUACUUGGUAUACCAUAUGAUAUGUCAAUCGAUAUGUGGUCAUUAAGUUGUAUAUUGGUUGAAAUGCAUACUGGUGAACCAUUAUUUCCAGGUUCAAAUGAAACUGAUCAAAUGAAUAAAAUUGUUGAAGUUUUAGGAUUACCACCAAAACAUAUGCUUAUGCAAGGUAAUCGUACAUUUAAAUAUUUUGAUCAAUUGGCUGAUGGUUCAACUGUUUUGAAACCUGUUGAUGGAAUGAAGUAUAAAUUACCUGGUAGUCGUAAAUUAUCCGAUAUAUUAGGUGUUGAAACAGGUGGUCCUGGUGGUCGUCGUCUUGGUGAACCUGGUCAUUCAAUGGCUGAUUAUCUUAAAUUUAAAGAUCUGAUAAUGAGAAUGCUGGAUUAUGAUCCAAAAACAAGAAUAACACCACGACAAGCAUUACAGCAUUCAUUUUUUCGUCGUACAACCGAUGGUAGUACAAAUACAACAACAAAUAUGAAUGAUAUGAUGACAACAGCAACAAGAACUACAUCAAUAUCAAGUGAUUCAAAUUCAUUUCAUAUGGCAUCAACAUCUGGAACUAAUAAUAAUAAUAAUAGUACAAUGAUUAGUUUGAUGGAUUCACAUUCUACACAGCCAUCGAUUUUGGAUACAUCAUCAUCAUCCAUAUCGUCGUUUCAAAGACAACAAACUAUUCAACAACAAUUAGAUUUAUUAAGCCAACAACAUCAUCAUAAUCGUCGCUAUCAUCAUGUUGAUCAUCCAUAUUCAUUAUCAUCAGCUAAUACAAUGAAUAAUAUAUCGAAAUUAUCAACUACUACCACCAAUACCACUGUCAAUGAUAAAAUAAAUCAUGAUCCAGAUAUUAUUUUGGAACAGACAAAAACACUGCCACAACCAACAACAAUGAUUGUUCCAUUGACAAACAAUACGAAUACUACUGGUGGUGAUAUAUUUCGAAUGGAUAUUACGAAUCAUAAUAAUACAAUGACCAAUACGGAUUUUAUACCGAUGUUGAUUGCGGCGAAUAAUAAUAAUAAUAAUUCAUCUGCAACAUUUCCAUUAUCAACAUCAUCUGUAACAUUGUUCCAGCAGCAACAGCAACAGGCAAACAAACAUUUAAUUUUUCAACAACCUCAUCAACAACAACAACAACAAACACCAUUUAUGAUGAUGGCAACAACACCAACAGAUCCUUCAAGUACAACAUCAUCAACAACGGCCACUUCAUUUAUUGUCCUAAAUCCUCAUACAUCAUCACAUCAUUUAUUACAACAUCAUCAUCAUCAUCAUACAUCAUCUGAAUCAUCAUCGGAUGGUUCAUCUGGUGGUGGUGGUGGUAUUAUACCUGUUACAAAUAAUUCGAUUACCUGUCUUGCCACCACCACCACCACCACCGUCGAUGAUCAAUCGUUAGUUUCACAAUCAACAUCAUCACAACCACAUAGUGAACAAAUGUUUCCAAUUUUAUGAUGAUUUGAUCAUCCGAUCCAUUUGAUAUCAUCAUCAUUGAUAAUAAUGUGAUUCGGAUGAUGUAUAUGACACUCACUAGACACACUAAAACACAAAUUACGAUUCAUAUUUUGCCCC